AUGUCAGUGUUUUCUUAUAAUAAUCACAUACUGGAAAUAGAUGAGACCCCCCUUUAAUGACAUUACUGUCGGGGUGGAGAUCUUUACCAAUUAUAUCGAGUGGAACAAAAGGACAAUUCAUGGUGGAAUUUAGAGAAAGGAAGAGCCUGAUUGUAGGGGAGGAAGUGAUAUAGAGACAGGAAGUGAGGUAAAUAAUGAACAGGAAGUGAUGUAUUGGUCCGAACAGGAAGUUCCUGGUGAGAGAAGUGUGCUGUGAAGGAGUAAAGAGAAGACGUUGGAGCUGGAAGCAGAGGGAUCGGAGUCUUGUGUGGAUCACAUGAUCACAUCAAUGAGGAUGGAGGAGGAACCGAGUCACAUGACUGAGAGGAUAUUAGACCUAACCCUGGAGAUCAUCUACCUUGUGACCGGAGAGAAAUAUGCUGCAGUGAAGAUAACGUGUAUUGAAGGUCUUAUACAUGGGAUGUAUCCAGCGAUGUCUGAACGAUGGGGUCGAAGCCAGAACUCCAUUGCUGUACCUCCACCUCACUCCUCAAUUCUUGAGAGAAACAACAUGCAGAAGAUUCAAGAAAUCACCAACAAGAUCACUGAUUUGCUGACAGGAGAGGUUCCUAUAAGGUGUCAGGAUGUCACAGAGAAUUUCUCCAAGGAGAACAAAUACUUGGAAGUGCAUAAGGAUCUCUACAAGGACAUCAUGAUGGAGAAUCAGCCGUCCCUCACAUCACCGGAUGGAUCCAGUACUGGGAACCCACCAGAGAGAUGUCCCUGUCCUCUGUAUUCCACACAGGAAGUUCAAACCGUUCACCACCAUCAUCAGGUUGAAGAACAGAUUAAUAUAAAAGUUGAGGUUAAAGAGGAAGAAGUUGAGACGUAUGUGGUGGGUGAUCAGCCAAUCACGGAGGAGGUUGGAAUGAUUAUGAAAAGUGAACAGGAUGUAAAUUCUCCACAUAUCGACACAACAGAUGGAUGUGAUGUGAGGAAUUCCUCGGAGAGACAUCUUCUAUUAUCUGCUGAUUGUAAGUCAGAAGAUAAUGUCAUCACACAGGAUCCUCCGGGAGGAAAUCCAAAUACACAAAAUAUACAUCACAGACCUUCCUGUCCGGAGACAUCAAUGGAUCCCUCUGAUCAGGGGGAACCUUCUCAUCAAUCACAUACUAUGAUUGUAAAUAUCCAUGUAAGAUCUCACACUGCAGAUAGAUCAACAGAUCCUUCUAAUCUCAAGGAAUCUUCCUCACCCCAUGAAGGAGAUCACCAUGGUGACAAUCUAUUCUCUUGUUCAGUGUGCGGGAAAUCUUUCACUCAAGAAGGAGCUCUUGUUGACCACCAGAUAAGUCACACCGGUGAGCAUCCUUAUUUAUGUGUAGAGUGUGGAAUAUCUUUCACUCUGAAAGGAAACCUUGUGAAACACCAGAGAAUUCACACGAAUGAGCGUCCUUAUUCAUGUUCAGAGUGUCGGAAAUCAUUUGCUCAAAAAGAAGCUCUUGUUAGACACCAGAGAAUUCACACAGGUGAGUGCCCUUAUUCAUGUUCAGAGUGCGGGAAAUCUUUCAACAAGAAAGAUUAUCUUGUUAGACAUCAGAGAAGUCACAAAAGUGACCACCACUAUUCAUGUUCAGAGUGCGGGAAAUCUUUCACUCUUCAGGGAACCCUUGUUAGACACCAGAGAAUUCAUACAGGUGAGCGCCCUUAUUCAUGUUUAGAGUGCGGGAAAUCUUUCAAUCAGUCAGGAGAUCUUGUUAGACACAAGAUAUGUCACACAGGUAAGCAUCCUUAUUUAUGUGUAGGGUGUGGAAAAUCUUUCACUCUGAAAGGAAACCUUGUGAGACACCAGAGAAGUCACACGGGUAAGCAUCCUUAUUCAAGUUCAUAGUGUGGAAAAUCUUACAACAAGAAAGAUCAUCUUGUUUAACACCAGAGAAGUCACACUGUCCCUAUUCAUGUUCAGAGUGCCGGAAAUCUUACAUUUGUAAUGAAAACCUUAUUGGACAGCAGAUAAUUCACACUGGUGAGCGUCCCUUUUCAUGUUCAGAGUGCGGGAAAUCUUUCACUCGGAAAGGACAACUUGUGAAACACCAGAGAAGUCACACUAUGCUUUAAGUGCAGGAGUGAGUCCUCCUCAUUUCUCCAGCCUGUCAGUAUACUUCCCCCUGUGGCCAUACGGCUGGGUACAAGGUCUCUCUUCUUAAUGCCAGAUGUGAAUGCAAACUUUUUUAAUGGAUUUGUUUAUAUGUAUUAAAGUGUUUAUAUGCAAUG